AUCGUUUGCUGUUUUGGCGGGAAACAGCAUAGGGGGAAAGAGGGAAGGUGCGAAAGAUGGCGAACAAGCUCAUCAACCAGAUGGGAUUGACCAAAUCGAUCGCCAAUAUCUUCACUGCUCGCAACGUUAUCACCGCCAAGGAUGCAUUGUCUCACACUGAAUUUGAGUUGAUGCAAUUGUUGGACGUUGGGAUGUCAGAAGUAACUUCUGCAAUGGCACAUAUCAGUGAAGUCGUGUGUCCACCUUGUCAAACUGCGUUGCUUCUGAUGGAGCAGCGAGUACGCAAUGAGAGCUUGGCCGGUCAUCUUCCCACGGGUUUGAAAGGAUUGGAUGAAGCCUUGUGUGGUGGUAUACCAUUUGGUGUUUUGACAGAGUUGGUUGGUCCAGCAGGAAUUGGCAAAACACAGUUUUGCUUGAAGCUCUCACUACUGGCUUCAUUGCCGGCAAAUUGUGGAGGCUUAGAUGGACGUGUGAUAUAUAUUGAUGUUGAAUCCAAAUUUAGUUCAAGAAGAUUGAUUGAGAUUGGAAUAAAGAGUUUCCCUGAAAUAUUUCACAGGAAGGGAAUGGCACAGGAGAUGGCUGGUAGAAUCCUGGUUUUGCAUCCUACAUCACUUUCUGAAUUUGCUGAGAGUUUGUACCAGAUCAAAGUAUCACUCCUCCAGCAACAAGUAAAGUUGCUCAUCAUUGAUAGCAUGGCUGCUCUAGUUUUAGGUGAGUAUGAUUGUGGGGCUUCUAGACAACAAGCAUUGGGCUGGCAUGUAUCUUUUAUCAAGUCUCUUGCUGAAUUCUCACGAAUUCCAAUUGUACUGACAAAUCAAGUAAGAUCUCAAAUUGGUGAUGAAUCUCUCAUGUAUUCCUUUCAAGCACAGGGGCGCUGUAUAAAAGAAGAUAAUCCUGCUACAUAUGAUUCUCGUCUUGUUGCUGCUUUGGGAAUUAACUGGGCUCAUGCUGUGACCAUCCGUCUUGUACUUGAAUCCAAAUCAGGUCAAAGGUUUAUCAAGUUAGCAAAAUCUCCCGUAUCACCCCCUCUGGCUUUCCCUUUUAACAUAACUUCAUCCGGGAUGGUUCUGCUGGAUGAUGAUGGGAUAGAGAUGAAGGGUUCAGAAAUAAACACUAUUCACUGCCAAGGCCAAAAUCCUUUGUUUAAUUUUGAAGGGGUAUGACUCCAAUGAUCUGUAUACUAUCCAUUUAUCCUUGUUCAUAUCUGUCCAGUGAAGGGAGAUAAGUUGGGAACACCAUUUUAGCAAUCCGUUUUCUUUCAUUCUGACGGUUGUUUAGUUAAUGUUAAAUUCUUUCUUGGGAUGUAUAUAUUAUUUUUCUAGGCUUUCAUACUUGAG